AUGAGCACCGAAACCGAGUCCAUAGAGUUUGACAAAACUUUUGCCAAAAUAUUGUCGGCCUUAACCCCCACGUCGUCCGAUACUACCGGCGCGGCCCACGAGUUGACCGAACCUAUAGAAUGGCUCAAACAGUGUCUCGUAUAUAACGUACCGCACGGUAAGCGCAACAGAGGGCUGGCAUGUGUCCAGACGUACCGUAUUAUAGCUAAACAAAGGGGUGUUGAGCCGAGUGACGGGGACAUGGAGUUGGUUCGGAUACUGGGCUGGACGGUGGAGAUACUUCAGGCCUUUUUCCUCAUUGUCGACGAUAUGAUGGACCAGUCGGUGACCAGACGUGGACAGUCGUGUUGGUAUAAAUUGCCUUACGUAGGACUCAUGUCGUGUAACGACUCAAUUAUGGUCAACGAACACAUGUACCACGUGUUGAGACUAUACUUCUCGGACAAACCAUAUUACCAGAAAAUUGUUGAUCUAUAUCACGAAAUAGCUCGGUGUACUGGGUUCGGCCAAUGUAUGGACACGGCGUCCAAUCCGCCCGAUAAACGCCCGCAGUUUGAGCUCUUUUCGCAGCGACGAUACGAUACGACCGUUAAGUACAAGACUAGUCUAUACUCGUUUGUGCUACCGGUGCGACUCGCAAUGUACAUGUCUGGGAUCGAUUUGGAGUCUGAGCACAAGUACGCCGAGGAUAUCCUACUAAAAAUCGGGCACCUAUUCCAAGUGCAGGACGACUAUCUCGACUGUUUCGGUGACCCGGAUGUUAUCGGCAAAAUAGGCACCGAUAUAGAGGAGGGUAAGUGCUGUUGGCCUAUCGUUCAGGCCUUCCGGGUGUGCGAUAGGGACCAGAGGGCGACACUUGAGGCUAAUUAUGGCCUCAAAGAUGGCGAUAGUGUCGCCAAAGUGAAAGAUAUCUACAGAGGACUGGGAGUUAAGGAGAUGUUCGCCGACGAAGAGGAACGGUAUUACAAAGAGAUUUGCGUUGCCAUUGAAGGU